AUGUGUUGUGACUCUAUGAGUGUAUGUGUGCGUGUAUAUAUAUAUGGUUUAGAGAAUAAGAAGUCUUCAGAUAAAAUUGAUAUUUCAGAAAAAUGGGUAAGACACUACAGUAGCAAACACAAAAUCCUUCUUGUUGGAGAAGGAGACUUCUCAUUCUCACUAUGUCUAGCUUCAGCUUUUGGAUCGGCCAUUAACAUUACCGCGACCUCUCUCGAUUCAGACGAUGAACUGUGCGUAAAAUAUAUGGACGCAAUGGAUAACAUAAGCAAACUGAAGAGAUACGGGUGCGAUAUUCAGCAUGAGGUUGACGUGCACACAAUGAGCUUCGAUAAUAGUUUGAGCUUGCAACGCUAUGACCGCAUUGUCUUCAAUUUCCCUCACGUAGGGUCUCGUUUCUUUGGUCGUGAAUGUUUAUCUAGGGCCAUCGAGAGCCACAAAGAGUUAGUGAGGGGUUUUCUUGAGAACGCUAAGGAAAUGUUGAAAGAGGACGGGGAGAUCCAUAUCACACACAAGACAACGUAUCCAUUUAGCGACUGGGGGAUAAAGAAGCUGGGGAAAGGAGAAGGUUUGAAGCUGGCUAAGACAUCGAAGUUCGAGCUGAGUCAUUAUCCGGGUUAUAUCAACAAGAGAGGGAGUGGACGUAGGAGUGACGAUUACUUCCCCGUUGGUGAAUGUUCUACUUACAUGUUUAUCCAAUCUUAA